UUUUCAAUAAAUGUACUAUUAAUAGUUAAGGUAUUGUUAUACAUCACCGGAAUUUUGAAAUGGGAACAACAGAAUUUACAGUUAUUGAAGGACUCAAAAACAGCAAUGCUUCUCUUCAACAAAAUGAUGACAUUCGUGCAGAUAAAGAUUACCUAUCAUGGCUGAAGCCUAUGACAAUUGCUAUGAAUGAUAUUGAACAUGGAUUAGGUUGUAAGAAUACUGAAGAAGAUAAAAGAUAUAUGAGAUUCAAGAUUGCAAGUAUAUUAUUAGCCAAAGUCUUGGAAAAAGAAGAAACUGUUUUGCAUACCACCACAAUGUUUGAAGCAUGUUAUGAACAUCUAUUGCUACAUAUUCCACAUCUUACAUGGAAUAAUUUUUUCAUUACCAUAUCAAAGCUUGGUCUGGCCCCUGAAAUUAUGGAGUUGAUACUCGAAAUGAACGAUGAGAUACAGUAUUUCAUUACGAACAAAUUGUUCACCUGGUUGGAUGCAAGCAUAGAACAACAAUGUGGGUACGAAACCGCAGAACAGUUAACAUUGGUAGAAAUACUUGUGCUUGUGAUGGCGAUUUAUAUUAGUGUAAAGUUACUUCAAAAGAACAGUGACAAAGUUGAAAAUGUAUAUGACAGUUUGAAAAAGGUGCUAUUAUACUUGUCUACUGCUAGUCUGGAAUCAAAACCUUCUUCAUCUUAUAAUGUAUCAUGUGUUUCAAAUAUGGUUAGGAGUCUUCAAUCAAUGUGUUCUACUUUCAAACGAGUAAACUUCAGAGAAAAGCCUGAUGUGUUAUAUCUUCACCAAAUUCACCACUCUUUGUCAGAAUCCCUAAUUAGAAAUGUGGGAAUUGGGGAUGCAGAUAAAACCUAUUUGGCAUCAAUUCGUAGGGAAUCACACCUGAAAGAUAUUGAUACUGAUUCACAAAAACUUACAACAAUAUCUGCAUGCAGUGAAACAUCGAACUAUUGUGCUCAACUUAUAAAGAAGUCCUUAAAUUGUUGUUUGAAAAAUGGAAAAAAUAAUUCACUUUGUGAAAUAUUACUCCCUCUAAACAGGACAUUGGAGAAUAUAUGUGAAGAUAAAUAUGAUGAAGAUACAAAAAUAAAAGUAAAUCAUCAUCAUAUUGAGUACCAAAAAAAGCUUUACAUUAUUCAACACUUCUUGAAUGGAUUUAGAACAACAACUAAACAACUUCUUGAAGAAAUUGCAGAAAGUCCAUUACUUCAUAAUAUGUGGGAAGAUGUAUUUGAUACAUUUCUUGUGAACCCUGAAUGUUUGGCUCAUGUGGAUACCCUAGUUAUCUUGAUUAGGUCUUUAUCAAGAUGCACGAACGAAAGUUCUCAAUAUUCUAAUCAACAAGACUAUAUACCAGUACUAUGUUUAUUUCAAAGUCUGUUUUGGGCUGGUUAUCAAUUGCUAAAUCUCAAAUGCAAAUUGUAUAUUGUGGAAUUUGUUAUUUCUGAUCCGCAGAUCAUCCGUCUACUUUCUGAAUACCCUUUUGAGGAGUCUGAAAAUAAUGCUUCAAAGAUUGUAAAAUUUAAAAACAAGCGGGAAAAUCUGGCGAAAAACUUUAUUGACAGUCUGACAAACAAGGAUAAAGCCAGUGAUUUUGUUCUAGACAAGGCGUGCGAUGUUUGUAUAUCCUGGCCAGGAGGAAUGAUCCAAAACUUGAUAGAUCAUUCAUUGAAAAACCAACAGCAAGUUGAACUUGUGAUAAAUCUAUUUGGUCAUUUCAACUGUCUUUUUAAUGUUAAAACAGAGGACUCAUCAAAAUCUGUUGUAUGGAAUUGGUACUCAGAAAGUAUGAAAAAGUUCUGGAGAAACGGGGAUUCAACCUUUGUUGACAAUGGGUUGAAUUUCAUACAAAAACUUUUUAAUUUGAAAAAUAUUGAAAAUCAUGCUUCCAGUUUUGUAAAAGAAACAUUUCAUAGUAUUGCUGAGGGCUUCGCUGAUAAUGAAGGGAACAACCUGUCAUCAAAGCUAUGCCUCAAAAUUCUUUCAUGUCUAAUUGAGACACAUGCAUUUUUUGACAAUACUACAAUAGAGGAACUUCUUUCACUGUGUGUUUGCCUAGGUGUUGAAAUUGAUUCAUCUCGUCACUUUUGGAGAUCUAAUGUAGAUUUCAACUCAGAAAGGCAUGAGUUACUCAUUGAAUGUUUUGAGUACCUGGUUUGUAAAAUUGUUGAUGUAUUACAGAAUUCAGACUUGACCAAUCAGAAGAUUCUGAUACAGUUUGUUCAUAAGGCUAUAGCAGAAUUUACAUGGACCACUAAGCUCCGCUAUUUACCAAUUUUUAAAUUGGACUCUUCUAUUCGAAUAAGGGUUCCAGGUUGUUUAGCGGAAGUUUGCAAGCUUCCUGAAAUAUUGCAGGCAUCAGAGGAGUUAUCUUAUGGCGCUGGAACCGGUUUGCUGGCAUGGCAUCAAUGUUUUGUUAUCAACCCAAGCCUUUGUCCUCUGGCCAGCCUUGACAUUUCCCAAUUAGCACCUAAGGAAAUUAAAUUAUUUACUCAUGGCUGGACUGUGACAUUAGCACAAGUUUUGCCAUUCUGUUUACCACAUGAGUGGCACACACUCAUUGAAAUUACUAAAAUACUUCUAUCUGAGUGUAAAUUGCAUGUUCCAUUUAGCCCCAAACAUGUUGUUUCUCUUCCUAAUAUUGAUAUGAAUGAAUGUCAAAUUGUAUUGGGCAUUUUGCAAAUAUUAACCAAUGCUUUUGGACUUUUAUCCAAAGAAUGCUGUAUUUUGUGGACAUCAUCAGCAAUGUGGCUUCAUUUCAGUAAGUGUUUUUGCAUUUCUUUGAGCAGUAUUGUUAAUGAUUCCCCCGAGUUCGAACGGUUAAUGCCAGAUUCUCAGCUUUUUAUGCUUUCUCAAACUUUUUGUUGUGUGUGUUGGGGUAUCGUAACAUUAUUUGAUCUCCCUCUGGACAAACAAGGCAAAAACUGCCACGAAAAUUUGUUUAUUCUUUGUUUGGAUUUGAUAAGUAUUUUUGAAAAAAUUGCUUCAGGAGUGAAAGAACAGUACAAUGAUUCAAUUGAUAACACUUCUCAAACAAGAGAUGAUUCAUCUAGCACUUUGAGUACAAGUAGUGAUGUUUCUUCGCAAGGGGUAUCUCCUGGGUCUGGUUACUUGCAAAUGUUACUCCAAAUAUCUGAAAGGCUGCAUGAAAUGUCUGUUGCAACAUCUCUUAUUCCCAUCCAAAAUUAUAGAGACACUUUGGGGCAAAAGUUAUCAUGUUUUGAUUUCUAGUAUCAAGGAUUUGUGUCAUGCUUCUUGUUUUUUUCAUUAUUAUUUAUUCACACCUGGACUCUUUGAUUCAUAUUCUACUUAUGAAUAAAGUAGUGAAAGCGACUCUU